AAUCUCUUGUGAGAAGUGGUAUGCAGGGUGCUGUCUUUAAAUAGCGUCCACACCCCCGCAUGCAAACAUUUAUCUGUUCCGCUCCUUCAGUUUCUUCGUAACAAGCUUCCUCCUGUUAGUGCAGGAUUUAAACACUGCUGGCAGGGAGGGGGAUUGUGCUGAUUGCAGGGUUUUGUUUAGAAUUUCUUUCUGCAAUAAUGUCCAAGGCAAGAACAGGAAAAAAAAUGGCACGUUAAAGCAAUGGCCAACCAAAUCUGCCACCCAAAGAUUUCCAAGGAAGGAAGCCAUUCAAGAUUCAAAACUGUUCCAUCGAUGGUAAUGUGCUGAAAAUCACCAAUAUGUGGAUAUGCUUAAGGAUAAUGUUAUUUUAAGUUAGAAAAAAUAAAAUCAGAUGCGAAGUCUGGAAGACAUUCAAAACAUCUUGAAGCCCGUAGCGAUGAAUAAAUAUUCUCAUAAGUGUUUCUUCACGAAAAUCUUCUUUAUUCCUGCACAUUCUGGUUCUCCUAAUGAUCCAGGUCAAGGUUUUAAUCUCUGCAAUGGAAAGAACUAGCAGAGACUUUUAAAAACAUGAUUUUUUUUUUUUUGACUUGUCACUACAGGUUGUAUUCUUUGAAUAUAGUAAGUAAAAUUUUUGUUUCUAAUAAUCUUGGUCUAAGUGUUAAAUCUCAGCAAUGAAACUAGGAUGGAGGUCUUAAUAUCUUUCUUUCCUGUGUCUGUCUGCAAAAUUGCAAGAACAAACUGAACAACCUUUCAAGAGGAAGGAGAGCGUUGAGAUGAAGCUUUCGCUGAAAGUGCACCAGCAUCUCUGGAGCAGUACCCACUGCUCCCAACUGCCUCGAUGAUCACAUCUGGGAUUUAAACACAGUAGACUGACUGCAUUUUGUUUGUGAUGCUGGGUAUACGUGGCUUGUCAGUCGAUGCUUAUUGUGCUUGUGGGAGCUGUGCCCAAGUAUCAUAUAGACCAAGAGGGAAUUCCGGUGAGCAGAGCUGAGCUUGCCAAGCAUAUCCAUUUUGCGGACAACUUCACGUCUAUAGUAACUGAGUGGUACCUAGUUGAACAAGAAGCCUACAAAGUAAGCCUUGCAUCAUCCCUGUUUUUUGCUGGAUUGCUCAUUGGAAAUAUCACAUUUGGCCCUUUGUCGGAUAAACUGGGCAGGAAACCCGUGUAUAUCUCAGGUCUAUUUUUUGAUGUUGUUUUUGGGUAUGUCACAGCAUUAGCUCCGAACUAUGACGUAUUUGCAGUUUCACGUUUUUUUGUUGGAAUUGUGAAUGGUGGAAUGGCUCUUGUGUCAUUUGUCCUAACACAAGAAUAUGUAGGAAAAUCAUUUUGGUCAUUUACAGGUUCGUUAACUAAUUUGACGUUUGCAGUUGGCAUUGCUGUUUACGCUUUACUGGGUUACUACGUAAGAGAAUGGCGCUACCUCACCUUGGUAUCGAAUACUCCAGGAGUCAUCUUCCUCCUUCUUUCUUUUAUGCUCCCAGAAUCACCACGAUGGCUGUAUUCCCAAGGGAAAAUUGCAGAAGCUGAAGAUGUGUUGCAAUAUAUUGCCCUUGGUAAUGGAAAAGAGAGAUUAAAUAUAAAAUUAAAACCAAGCACAGGAACUUUGAGAAAGGACGAAUCGGCACCUGGUAUCCUAAACUUAGUAAAACACCCAGUCCUUCGGUGGCGAACCAUCAUACUGAUGUACAUCUGGUACGUCUGCAGCUUUGUGUACUAUGGACUAACUUUAAAUGCUGGUGAAUUAAGAGGAAAUCUGUAUUUAAAUGUGGCUCUUUCUGGUCUUGUAGAAAUUCCAGCAUUUCCUCUCUGCAUGUUUUUUAUUGAGAAGUCCUGGUCUGGAAGACGUAAAACUACAACAUGUUUUCUGAUAUUUGCAGGAUUUGCAUGUAUAUUUACCAUGUUUUUACCAGCAGAUGCUGGUCUGCUCCUCAGUCCCACUUUGUUAGCUUUGUGUGGAAAAAUGAUGGUCAGCGCGGCUUUCAACAUUGUGUAUAUUUAUACAUCUGAAUUAUACCCAACAGUACUGAGAAACGCUGGCUUGGGUGUCUGUUCCAUGUCCUGCAGAUUUGGGGGCAUUUUGGCUCCAUUUGUGCCAUCUAUGAAAUCUCUCAGUCCUUCUGUACCGUUCGUGGUGUUUGGGAUCAGUGGGCUGUCAGCGGGAUUCCUGACUCUCCUUCUGCCAGAAACGCUAAAUAAGCCAAUUGCUGAGAGCAUUGAAGAUCUCCAGGGUCCCAAAUACCAAGUGCUUAAAGACAAGGAUGCAGAGGAAACCAGUUAGAAGAAAACUCUUAAGUUUCAGAAGGCCUGUCUGUGGUGGAAAAUGAAGCUUCCAUUGAGAAGGUGCUAUAACAGUCCAAGGGCAGAGUCUUGCUCUAUAUGUCUGACAAGAAAUGUUGGAGGACUCAUGUAUAAUGCCGUCUGUUGCAUGUUGAGCAAUUCUAUAUGGAAGCAAAUUGAGAAGAUGGGAGAAGUUGAUCAAAGCUUGUGAGAAAAGAGGUGACAAAUCUGUGCAUUAAUUUAAUGACUUAACAAAAGCAUCCUUUGGAUCUUUGGACUUCUCAACUGCUUGUUAAAAUGAAGUAUUAAUUUAUUUUAUAAGAUGUAAUUGCUAGCUUCAGAUUAAGCUAUAACGUUGUAAUUGAAGUGAUGGGUAUAAUUUAAAAUUUAGAUGGCCUUAUAUAUUCAGGCAAGCUGUAAUCAUGAAAAGUAACAGCAUCCUAUAUGUGCUAAUUUUCUCUUCAGGGUUUUUUGCCUCUAAAAUACAGUAUACCUCACAUCGUGUGAAGAGACCAAAGCUUUUUAUGAGUUGUUGGCCUUAGUAUGUCUAGCAUACGAAACCUGAACAGGAGAUCUGAAAGGAGAAUAAAUGGAUUUUAUUGAGGGAGUAGGUAAUUUUUUAAUACAGUUGUACAUGAAAAGAUACGUAAAGUUAAAAAUAGUACUGGAUUGGAAAAAUUGUGUCAGGUCUUUAAGAGGUGCGUUUAAAGGGGAGGAUGAAGUAACCUUUAGACAAAGGUUAUUAAGUUCUAGCUGUAUGUGUGGAACUAGAAAUUGAGUUAUAUAUUGUAUAAUAUAUGUAAUAAUAUGUAAUCCAAUACAUUUCACAUAAGAUUUGGAAAUUCUUCCUGCAAGGCGGGUCGGGAUGUUUGGUUAACAGUAAAUUUAUAUUGGAAUAAAUGCAUCACAAAUGUUACAGGUUUUUGAUGGCCAGCAAAAUGUUGUUAUUAAAAAGAAAAUUAUUUAACGUUUCUAUUAUGAGUGCUGCUUUUUCCAGGAUGUUUACCCAGGCUUGGGUAAGAGAAUGCUUGUAUCACUUUGACUUUUGGCCCUUUAUCAAAUGCAUCUGGUAGGAAAAGUUAAUGAAAGGCCUCUGUAUUUUCAGCAAUUUCCGUAGUUAAAUAGUAGUUCUCCAAAUGGACACACACUUACACACACACACGUAUGUACACAUAAGCACACGCAGGUUGCUCUGCCUGGAUGCCUCAGAAAUCUGUGCUGCGUGCAGGUGUAUCAGUCCAGGUGAGCCCUACAGAUAGCCUGGUCGGGUCCCCAAGAGGGUGAAAAUGAGUUGGCAAUUAGAACAGCAUUUAGAUAAUGUUGAUCUAAAGGUGGAUUGCACGUGCUUUUCUUAACCUCUGGGGCUGAAGCUUGAUGACAA